UAAAGUUUGAACUGCACACGCACACCUAUAACCCUAAAGCACGCAGACGUGUAUUUGAGCUUGGAAUAUAUAUAUGUACAAUCUUAUGGAAUAAUUUCUAUCACUCUACAGGUGCAGUGUGUAGCCAUGGCUGCAUGGGUGGAGGCGACCACAAGGGAAAUGGGCCAACCGCUCAUUAACCCAGACAAACCUUCAGUUUCAGUCCCAGGAGACACAGAGAAGCCAGCGUUGAACCCGAAACCCCUCCUCACAGCCAAACCAUUUUCCCUGCAAAGGAAUGCAACCGUCCGCCCGAUCCGGGCCCCCAAAACCAACUUCACCAGACAGCUCCAUCGAGCCGCCUCUUCUGAAACAUUUCUGAAUACCACUCAUGCUGGUGGUCUGGAAACAUCAGACUCAAAUGGCACUGUAAAUGGGUCUGAUCAAAGUGCAGCUCCUAAACCCGUCCCGCUCAGCCCAAAACCUGACUUACAGGCUAAGCCUAAACCAGAACCUACUAAGAGUCCCGACACAACUGGUCCAAACUCAAAGCUUGAUGUAACCGCUGAAGAUGUGAAGAACGUUCACCCCAGGAGCAGAGCAAAAUCCUUGGGUUCUCGGGAAAAUCAAAAGAUCCUCAACCAGAAGGAACAAGGAGCAGCCGGCGACACUGAUCCAGACGUCAAAGUGCCUUCACGAUGCUGGCCAGCUCGAAACCGUCUCUCCGCGGAUCUGACCUCCAAGUUCCAGUCACCGUCUCAGCCCGAUACUGUGGGGAGAGAUGCUGAAAGCAGCAAGCCGGAGAAAGAGGAGCCACCACUUUCUCCUUCAGCAGUGUCUGAGUCCAAGUCUCCGGUGGAGAGCGAAGAGGCGGGAUGCAGCAUUAAAAGACGGAUCAGCCUCCUCUUCGAUCGAUCUGCAAUAUCUCAGCACAGGGACACCUUCAACAAAAGAGACGUCACACCUGCUGAAAUAUCUAUUGACAUUAAACAGAGAAUACAGAAUCUGAGCUUGCCGUCCACUGGUGCUCCUAAAAGUCCACCAUAUGAGAAGACGAAUGAGAGAUCAUCUGAAAGAGAAACAGAGAAGGUUCCUGUUGACAAACCACAAAAUACAUCAGAAAUCAAGAACUCUGCUGCUAGUGUGGAGAACGCAGAAGAAGAGGAAGACGAUGAAGUUGAAGAGGACAAGGAGAACUAUGUCGCUGUUCCUGUUUACCAAAGGGUUAGGAUGAGCAUAGAUGCGGAGAAAAAGCAAAAGGAAGAGGAAGAAAAACAGCGAAAAGAUGAGCAGUUAGAGAAAGAACGACAGCAGCAGCACGAAAGGGGAAGACGUUUGGAGGAGGAGAGGAAGGCAAAAGAAAUCGAGAGACAGCGAGAGGAAGAGAGAAAACAACAAGAGGAGAAGCAAAGGCAGAUGGAAGAAAGGAGAAAGCAAGAGGAAGAAUGGAAGAGAAAAAUUGAAGACGAAAGAAAAGAGGAGGAGAGGAGGAGGCAGGCCGAAAAGGAGAGGGAGAGACAACAAGAGCAGGAGAGAUUAGAAAGAGAGAGGCAGAUUGAAGAGGAGAAAAGGAGGACUGAAGAAGAAAAAGAGAGACAGAGAGAGGAGGAACGACUGAGACAGGAGAAAGUAAAGAAAGAAAGAGAAAUGGAAGAAGAAAGGAGAAGACUCCAGGAGAUGGAGAGACAGAAAGAAGAAGAAAAACUGAGAAAAGAACGAGAAAUGGAGAGAAUAAGGAAAGAAAAAGAAAUGGAGAAAGAGAGGCUGAAAGAGGAGGAAAGAUUGAGGCAAGAGCGAGAAAUUGAGAGAAUAAAGAAAGAAAAAGAAAUGGAAGAAGAGAGACUGAAAGAGGAGGAAAGAUUGAGACAAGAAAGAGAAAAAGAGAGACUGAAAAAAGAAAAAGAGAUGGAAGAAGAGAAGCGAAGAAUUCAGGAGAUGGAGAGACAGAAAGAAGAGGAAAGACUGAGAAAAGAACGAGAGAUGGAGAGAAUAAGGAAAGAAAAAAAUAUGGAAGAAGAGAGACGGAAAGAGGAGGAAAGGUUGAGACAAGAACGAGAAAAAGAGAGACUAAAAAAAGAAAAAGAGAUGGCACAAGAGAGAGGAAGAAUUCAGGAGAUUGAGAGACAGAAAGAAGAGGAAAGACUGAGAAAAGAACGAGAGAUGGAGAGAAUAAGGAAAGAAAAAGAAAUGGAAGAAGAGAGACGGAAAGAGGAGGAAAGACUGAGACAGGAAAGAGAAAAAGAAGAGCGGUUAAAGAAAGAGAGAGAAAUGGAAGAGGAGAGACUGAAAGAGGAGGAAAGAUUAAGACAAGAACAAGAAAAAGAGAGACUGAAAAAAGAAAAAGAAAAGGAAGAAGAGAGACGAAGAAUUCAGGAGAUGGAGAGACAGAAAGAGGAAGAAAGAAUUAGAAAAGAGCAAGAAAUUGAGAGAAUAAGGAAAGAAAAAGAAAUGGAAGAAGAGAGGAGAAGAAUUCAGGAGAUGAAGAGACAGAAAGAAGAGGAAAGACUGAGACAGGAACGAGAAAAAGAAGAGCGGUUAAAGAAAGAGAGAGAAAUGGAAGAAGAGAGACGAAGAGUUCAGGAGAUGGAGAGACAGAAAGAAGAAGAAAAACUGAGAAAAGAACGAGAAAUGGAGAGAAUAAGGAAAGAAAAAGAAAUGGAAGAAGAGAGCCGAAGACUUAAGGAGAUGGAGAGACAGAAAGAAGAAGAAAAAUUGAGAAAAGAACGAGAAAUGGAGAGAAUAAGGAAAGAAAAAGAAAUGGAAGAAGAGAGACGAAGACUCCAGGAGAUGGAGAGACAGAAAGAAGAGGAAAAACGGAGAAAAGAACGAGAAAUGGAGAGAAAAAGGAAAGAAAAAGAAAUGGAAGAAGAGAGACGAAGACUCCAGGAGAUGGAGAGACAGAAAGAAGAGGAAAGACUGAGAAAAGAACGAGAAAUGGAGAGAAUAAGGAAAGAAAAAGAAAUGGAAGAAGAGAGACGAACACUCCAGGAGAUGGAGAGACAGAAAGAAGAGGAAAGACUGAGAAAAGAACGAGAGAUGGAGAGAAUUAAAAAAAAGAGAGAAAUUGAGGAAAGAAAAAGAAUGGAAGAAGAAAGACUGACGCAGGAAAGAGAGAGAGAGAAAGAGAGACUGAAGAAAGAGGAGAUAGAGAGGUGUAAAUCAGUGGAGAUUCUUCGAGAGGAAGUUCCUACGAGUUUGGAUCUAAUAUCGUUUGAUGCGUCUCAGACUCUCGUCUCCUCGGCCUCUCCUCAACUCAGCGAAGUGCUUUACGACGACUUCUCAGUCAAACCACGAAGAUGGGGAACCGGAGCGAGACGUUCCUCAACGCCGUCUCCAUCCAGAGAACCUGAGCGGAACCUCCAGCCAGAACCAAAGUCCGAUGAUCCUGGAUCCCAAGAGCCGUGUGGAGAACGGGGAAGUGUGGAGGAGCUGACGGGAUCUGAGCCUGAAGCUUCCAGUCCACAGAACUCUCCCUGUAAACACACACCUGUAUCUGAGUCCAAACCAGAGCAUCUGCUGGAGCCACAAACACAAUCUGAUGAGGGUCAGCUGAAGGACUGUGAACCCGAGGAAGAUGGAGUUGCGGAACAGGACACUGGGGAUCUGAUCGGGGAAACCGAUGAACAAAGUGAAAACAACGACGAUGUUGAUGGUCUUAGCACAGAGAGCAGAAUCGGCCAUGCCCUACAGAGGCUGACUCGGGUUCGACAGAGAAACACAUCUACUGACUCAGACAGGCCAGACGUCCCGGAUGAGGAGGAGUCACAGGCGCUACCUGUUCUUGAGUCUGCAGCUCCUCUGCUGGACUCCAGCGUUUUACGUUCGAAGGUUGAUCUGGCAAGGAAACGAAGCAUAAAGCGCUCCAUGCCGACGCGUGCCGUCCGACAGAGAGGCACUCUGCCCGCGCUGACCGAGGGAACGAACCCUGACUGGAGGUUCUGCGACUCCACAGAUGCAAAAGAUCAGUGUUCCAAUGGAGGAUCAGAAUCAGAAGAAGAGCCGUCCCGGGACGCCGUGUCCUCUCCUGCCCCCUGCCAGCCGAAGAGAGUCCCUAUGUUUCCUGGGAUGAACCCUUCAGCCCUCAUGGCACAGCUAAAGAGGAGAAGUGGAGUGGUGGAAGCAGAAAGUCCAACAGAAGCCCAGACGCCUCCGUCGGUUCCCGCUCGCUCUCCCCGCACACCCAACAUGGCCCUCGGCCCCAGAGUGCUGCCCCCUGUGGACGCCAAGGACAGCGCGUCCGGCUCUUCACCCUCAUGGCUGCUUGAGCUCAAAUCCAAGAAGAAAAUGAAUCAGCCUGAAAGUGAAGCAUGAAUCUGUGUCGCCCAGGUCUGAUGCAGUUUGUUGAGAGGAAAUCUGGAAGGAAGUCUGUUUGAUGCCAAAGGAACUGACAUGCGUAAAUGAGAAGUGCAAUGAGCCUUUCAUUCUCAUACUGACUGAUUAUCAGAUAUGUUUUUCAAAUAUGUGUCCCCGGACUAAAAUGUGUGUAGGCUUUGCCAAGAUGAUGUCCUGUUUUGCACCUUUUUACUUUUUUAACAUGAAAGUCUGCAGCAUCAUAAUCAGCACAAGAUGGAUGAAAAGCAUGAGCUGUUUACUAUCAGUCUUGGACCAGUGGGAACCCAAGCUCAUUUUGAUUCUGUUUACAUUUAUUAAUUUAGCAGGAUGGUAAAACAAGCAAUUAAUUUGAAAGACGUUUCCUCGGUUCAAGCAGGGGCCAAAAGCGCUCGUGUCGUCUUCUGUCCAUCUCUGAUCGGGGAAAGCAGAUAUCAGUAUAGCUUCAUGCUACAAUGCACUUUAAAUGAGUCACACCACUGGAAAUUGUGCCUUGAGGUCUUAGUCAUUACUUUGCAUUUGACCUAGAUUUUUCUUUAAAUCAGAUUUUAAAUAUUGUGUUUCUAAAAGUCUGAAGAUAUUCAUAAUGGCAUUGCUAUAUAAAACAUCCUUUUUCUUUCUCUUAAAUGUUUUUGUUCUGUUUACAUUGUGCC